AUGGCAGCCGCAAGAGUGUUCGACACUUCGGAUACAGUGGUGCUCUUUGCCCCACAGCGCCUGUUCUUAAAACCAAUUGCAAGACUUACAAUUAAUGUCAUGCUCCCGGACUCCAAACUGUGCCCAAAACCCAUCUCAAACUGGGAAGUGAUGGAGAGUCUGAGGAAAAUGGUCUGCCCCGAUCAGAUCAUGUCACUCCGAGUCUCAAGGAGCACAUUGGACUUUAUCCGCUUUGAAGGCGAAGUUGAGAACAAGAACUUGGUAAACGGCGUGCGGGAAAAGUUUAACAGCAGGACCCUCAGAGUAAAUGGUAUCCAAGAUCCCUUGAGAGUAAUUGCAGUUGAAACUCAAGUCGCCUUUCCCAGCCAGUGUGACUGGGAGUCUUUCUUUAAGAACACUGAAAGCAUGACCGAAACGUCUCCUGGUGAAAGGGCUGAUACUAUUCAGAUCGAAGGACUGCCUUGCAAGUGGUUUGCUGCAAAAGAGAUGAAUGGCGAAAAGCCGAGGGAAGAAAUCCUCCGAAAAGUGUUUGGGACAUUUGGAGAAAUUCGAAGCGUUGACAUUCCUAUGCUGGAUCCCUACAGAGAGGAAAUGACAGGAAAGAAGUUCAGCACAUUUAGCUUUGGUGGGCUCCCUACCUUUGAAGCCUUUAUCCAGUACCAGGAAUGUGAGGGCUUUCUGAAGGCUAUGGAGUGUUUACGUGGAAUGAAAUUAAUGAACAAAGGGGAGGAUGGAAAAGCACUGACAUGUAUGAUCAAGGUGUCCUUUGACACAACUAAACACCUCAGUGAAGCAGCCAUUCGAAAACGAGACUUGGAAAGGUUGAAGCUGCAAGAACUGGAGAAGCAGCGAGAGGCACAGAAACAGAGAGACGAGGAAGAGGAGCAAUCCAAGGAGGCUGAACGAAAACGCAGGGAUGAGGAACGGGAAAGAGAGAAGGGACAGAGAGAGAAGCUGAGGAGAAAAGAACUGAGGCAGAGAGAGCGAGAGGAAAGACUUCACUUACAGACGUUGUGGAUGGCGCAAAUGGAAACAGAAAAGGAGCCCAAUGAUGAUAACGCGUGGAUAAGGAAACUGGUGUUAGCAGAGAGGAAGCUGGAAUCAUACAAGCUGCUCACAGUGCUGCUGAACAGGGCAGAAUGCCUGGUUCAAAAGGAAACUGAGUUUCAGAAGAAUCGGUUUUCUGAAAAGUGUCCCCGGAUGGAAAGAAAACUUGGCCAAUUGGAAGAAGUUAGACAAAAUGAAGCAGGAGUGAGUGGAUCGGGAAAACCCAAGGUCAAAGAAUGGCAAUGGGUUGGGGUGCUGAGAGAUACUAAUGUGGGGAAACCCAGGGGAAUGAUUGAAACAAUGGAGCAUUCAUUAUCUCCAGGAACUGCUCAAUUUCCACUCACUACUUCCCUGUCAAACGUAAUGCCUGCUGAUAGUGAAGGAAGACACACCUUUGUAGAUUUGCCCCCUAACCAGGAAAAGGCUGCAAGUUAUCGCCGAUCUGAAUCCUUACAGAUUACUGUGAGGCAGGAUUGUGCUGCAUUUGUUCACAAGCGACAGGAUGGUGAUGGUGACAGGCACAAUUGUUCGUGUCAGGGACAUUCCCGAAAGGUUACUGCUGUAAAUCACCAGAUUCGCCACCACCUUUACAAGUACGAGGAUUUUGUCAGUUGUUUGCUAAAUUACCGUCAGACUAUUUGGCCCUUGGACUCCAAACGUGCAAAUCGUUUCCAUAGCCUCAAUAAUCUUGGCGAAAACUCAGAGUGGCGGAGGAUAGUGUCAAACAAUGGAAACAGCUUCCAGAUAGACCUAAAGAACAAUCCUGACCAUCUUUAUACUAAAUUCAAUAUCACCGAAGGUAACAAAUUGAAAGACUACGACAAUGGUAGGGGCUACAGAUGGACAAUUACUGUCAGUGAGACUGGGGCUAAGAGGAGAGCAUGUAGCACUGAGGAGAAGCACCCAAUCAAUGGUUAUGAACGAGAGUUCCACCUGCCAUGGAAGGAUUCAUGCAGCCAGCUCAAAUAUAGACCAGAAUCUGAGGGUGAAUACGAGCUCCAGUUUAAAGGUGGAACCAGAAACUCAAAGAAAAGUUGUGCUGUCCCUGUUCAUGACCAAUCCAGCACUUGAGUACUGAUCCUGGGAUUCCCAUCUCCAGCGCUAAAGCAGGGUGGGUGUCGCCCAGCAAAGCAUCCAACCCAGGCUGGGUAAAGGCCAGUGGCCGCUGUGAGGCUUCAAAUAAAAGCUCUGGAAAUGACCCUGGACAGCCUGAUCAGGUGGGCAAGACUCGGACUAGGGUUAGGAGCAAAUGUCCCAGAACUCAGCCUAAAGCCCAGUGCAAAGUAGCCAAGCUUGAACCAGUUGGCUUCACAAAGGAGGACACACAACAGUCACAACAGCCACUGAAACGAUUGAGCAAAAGAGUAAAGAGAACUCGACAAGGUGACUCUUGUGAGUUGAGCAAUGGUGACUGCGGAUCUGAUUAUUGUCAACAAGAGGCCUGGAAACCCCCGACCAUCAAAAAAUUUAGAAAAUCUAGCCGUGACAUCAAACCAACCCCAGGCAAGUCCACGAGUGAAGCAAGUCACUUUUGGGAGGAAAACAAAAGGAAAUAUAGACAGGAAUUUAACAAUUGUCCUCAGGAGAGUGUUGGGCAUCAGAAGGAUUACUUGUGGAUCCCUGAAGGGUCAGAGAAGAAUGUGAAUCAGGACUUGGUUUUGGAUGAUCCACACUAUAAUAAAUCUAAAAUGUCCAUCAGCAAGGUGAAACACCGAAAGAAAGGAAGAAAGAAGGAGAAAAAUAUUCAUCCCAAAGACAAACCUGGUAAGCGCCAAUGUGAUCUGAAGGAUGAUAUCAGAGAUAUGAAAUCAAACAGGUUCACUCAGCCCCAACCCACGAAAAAUCAACAUCCAGGGAAUUAUAGCUCUUAUAAAAAAGAGUUUGAUGUCCAGCGUGAUUUCUGUGACGAUUAUUUUUGGCAAGAUCUUGAUUAUCAACAGAUGGUAUUUGGGUACAAUCACUACCGUUACAAAACAGGAUCGAACGGAAGACAGAUGUAUUUCCCCCAGCGCUAUGUUGAUGAUCACGGCCUUUAUGAUAGCAAUAGAUACGAGCCCAAAGCUAAUCACAGAUACUGAUGGAAACAAAGUUCAUCUGCAAUUAAAUAGGUUAAACUACAGCGCAUCAUUUAAAAAGCUAAUCUAUACAAUUCAAAAUGGGGUCCGAACAUGUAUUUAACAUUUGCCUGAAUUUCAGAGACUACCUAAAGGAUCAAUUGAGUUUUUAAAGCCUAUUAUUUAAGGUCAAAAUUUAAGGUUAUUGCCUAUUAUUUAAGGACAAAAUAAAAUCAAUUAAUCUGAAUGUAUUUCACACCAAACUAUGUGAAUACAUGGCCCAGACACCAAGCCACUUGUUCCAAUAUAUGGUCAAGUGAGUGUAAUGGAUUGACUGGCUAGCGAUCAUUCAUUCCUCUGUAAAGGCAUGGGGGAGGGUGGUAAAUAACAGAAUGAGUCUUGUCUUGCGACCCUUCAUACCCAGACUCAGCUGGAAAAAACAAAUGAUCUGUUGUUUUUAAUAAUCCAUGAAGAUAGCCUCAUCCACUUUGCAGUGGAAUGUCAGUAUCAUCCACAUUGGGAUCUACCAUAUUGUUCAGUCUGUGUAUUAGACACAGGUACAGCAGGAUUGUGCGCGCUGCCAGCCAUUACAAGGGAUUUGAUGGUUAGUUUGCAGAAAAUAAUAAAUAAUAAUCCUUUCAUUUGGCCU